AUGGAUACUCCACACAACAGAGGCACAACAGAGACAACAAAGACACAACAGAGGCACAACAGACACAACAGAGACACAACAGAGGCACAACAGAGACAACAGAGGCACAACAAACACAACAGAGACGCAGUUGAGACACAACAGAGGGACACUAGAGACAACGGAGACACAACAGAGGCACAACAGAGACACAACAGAGACACAACAGAGUCCUCGAGCUGUGCUAUAUUUCUGUUUAUGACACAACAGAGGCACAACAGAGACAACAGAGACACAACAAAGGCACAACUGAGACAACAGAGACACAGCAGAGGCACAACAGAGACAACAGAGAUACAACAGAGGCACAACAGAGACAACAGAGACAUAACAGAGGCACAACAGAGACAACAGAGACACAAAAGAGACAACAGAGGCAUUACAUAUACAACAGAGAAACAAAAGAGGCACAACAGAGACAACAGAGGCAUAACAGAUACAACAGAGACACAACAGAGACAACGGAGACAACAGAGACACAAAAGAGACAACAGAGGCAUACCAUAUACAACAGAGAAACAAAAGAGGCACAACAGAGACAACAGAGGCAUAACAGAUACAACAGAGACACAACAGAGACAACGGAGACACAACAGAGGCACAACAGAGACAACAGAGACACAACAGAGGCACAACAGAGACACAACAGAGGCACAACAGAGACAACAGAGACACAACAGAUGCACAACAGAGACAACAGAGACACAAAAGAGACAACAGAGGCAUAACAUAUACAACAGAGAAACAAAAGAGGCACAACAGAGACAACAGAGGCAUAACAGAUACAACAGAGACACAACAGAGACAACGGAGACACAACAGAGAGACAACAGAGACACAUCAGAGACAACAGCGGCACAGCAGAGACAACAGAGGCAUAACAGAUACAACAGAGAAACAAAAGAGGCACAACAGAGACGGCAGAGGCAUAACAGAUACAACAGAGACACAACAGAGACAACGGAGACACAACAGAGAGACAACAGAGACACAACAGAGACAACAGCGGCACAGCAGAGACACAGUAGAGACAACAGAGGCAUAACAGAUACAACAGAGACAACAGGGGCACAACAGAGACACAAGAGAUACAACGGAGACACAACAGAGAGACAACAGAGACACAUCAGAGGCAACAGAGACACAACAGAGACAACAGCGGCACAGCAGAGACGCAGCAGAGACACAACAAACACAACAGAGACACAACUGAGAAAACAGCGGCACAGCAGAGACACAGAAGAGACACAGCAGAGACAACAGAGGCACAACAAACACAACAGAGACACAACAGAGACAACAGCGGCACAACAGAGACAACAAAGACACAACAGAGGCACAACAAACACAACAGCGACACAACAGAGACACAACAGAGACACAACGAAGACAACAGAGAAACACAACAGAGACACAACUGAGAAAACAGCGGCACAGCAGAGACACAGCAGAGACAACAGAGGCACAACAAACACAACAGAGACACAACAGAGACAACAGCGGCACAGCAGAGACAACAAAGACACAGCAGAGACACAGCAGAGACAACAGAGGCACAACAAACACAACAGCAACACAACAGAGACACAACAGAGACACAACGAAGACAACAGCGACACAGCAGAGACAACAGAAAUACAAGAGAAAUACAACAGAAACACAACAGAGACACAACAGAAACACAACAGAGACAACAGAGACACACCAGGGACACAACAGAGGCACAAUAGAGACACAGCAGAGGCACAACAGAGACAACAGCGACAUAACAGAGAUACACCAGAGACACAACAGAAGCACAACAGAGGCACAACAAAGUCACAGUUGAGACACAACAGAGGGACAGUAGAGACACAGCAGAGGCAACAGAGACACAACAGAGGCACAACAAACACAACAGAGACGCAGUUGAGACACAACAGAGGGACACUAGAGACAGCAGAGGCACAAUAA